AUGCGGGAUGACAGCCCGCCGGUGUGGUCGAUCACAUCCGCGCCCGUGCCUCGAAUCCAGUUCAAGCCCAGCCCGCCGCAGAGGCCCGUCCCCCCCUCCCUGCCCUUAUUUGGCCCCCCGGCUGGAUCACGAUCCCCGCCUCCCAGUUUCACCCUCCCCGUUAUAUCCGCACCCGUCUUCUCUCCUCCGCCCCGCGUCUCUCUGCCCUUUCCGUCCGCUCCCCCAUCUUCCGUCUCGUCCAUGUCUGCCAUGUACGCCCGCCGUCCUCAAAUCGAGCCCGUCGUCCUCCUCCAGUCCGCCGCACACCAGUUCCCCAUCCCUCCUCGUCCUUCCCCCCACCCCUCCUCCCACUACGGCCUCUCUUCUGUGCGCUCUUCUGCCCCCCGCCAGGGCCACAACCUAUCCAUGUCCUCCCCCCACCCACUAUACCCAUCCGCAUCUUCUCCCGCUCAGCGUCAGCCCUCAUCCUCGUUCGCACCGUCCAUGUCUGCCGCACCCACUCCCCCGGAACAGAACCUCGUCGAGUACCCAAUGCAGCUCGACUCGGACUUUGAGCACGCCUACGAGUACGACUCCAACGCCCCAGUCGAUAGCUUCAGUCAACUAUACGGCUCGCAGUUCCUCGACCCCCAGCAGAAUCAGCCGCAACAACAGGCUCAGCAAUGGCCCACCCCGGACCGCUCCCUCCCAUUCAGUGAGCUCUACGGCGCCCCAGCCUACGACACCCCCGCACAAAGCAUCGAUUCUGCUGCCUUUGCUCAGUCCUCCACCCCCCUCGACACCGCCCCCGACAUGACCGACGAGCGCAUGAACCUUCUUCGCCGCUACCUCAAGCCGGAACAGGCAGAGUCAGCCUUUGCUGGAUUCGACAAUACUUACGGCUCGUCCUACUUUGACAACAACGCUGCCUCUGCCAAUGCUUCCGACCUUGGGCUCACCCCGUUCCCAGCUUUCACUGGGCAGCAAGGUGGGUCUGGCUUCGCCCCGCCCGCCUCACUUCCGAUGCCAGAGACCCUCACUGCCGGUCCUGCCACCAUAAAUUUUGACUUUACUCCCUCCGCCCCUCCAUACAUCCGCACAUCUGCCGGAUCCCCCAACUACGGUCUUGCCGCUGCUGCUGCUGCCGCCGCCGCCAGCCUGCAUUUCCCGCCGCCUGCCGAGGACAUCCCGCGCUUCGUCAAUCCCGCGCAGGUCUCGCCGAACGUCUCGCCCGUAUCUGCCUUUGCCCCGCUCCACGACGAGGCCACUGGCGCCGUGUCACCGCCGGUGUGCGACCCACGCGCCAUCGUCGGCAGCCCGAGUCCGGCGUCGCACGGGAGCGCAGGGAGCCACAGUGGCAGUGCAAGUGCGGGGAACUCGCCGGACCUGAUCCAGGCGACCUGGGCGCAGGAUGCGAAACGUCGGCGCCACGUGAGCUACACGAGCUCGUCCGCGUCGCCGAGCUCGUUCCCAGAUACCGCGAGCGACAGCGGGGAGUCAGAGAGGGACGACAGCGACUCGCCCGAGGACGACGGCGACGACGACGGGGAGUACAUCGAGCCGUCGGCGUCGGGUGUGUCCCGCCCGCGGACACGCCGGCGCGCGAUCUCGAGCGCAUCUGCGGCAUCGUCGGUCAUGUCGCAGGCCGAGGGCGGGCGGCGGAACACGCUCCCGGUCCCGGUGCCCAACCUGACGAAGAAGAGCCGGGGCCGCCGCGUGCCCACCGUGCCGGUCAUCGUGUCUGAGAACGGCGUGGAGAAGAACACGCGCGCGUACAUGUGUCAAGUCCCCCACUGCGGCAAGUGUUUCGCGAGGGGCGAGCAUCUCAAGCGGCAUGUGCGGAGCAUCCACACGAACGAAAAGCCGCACAGGUGCCCCGUGUGCGAGAAGGAUUUCAGCCGACACGAUAACCUUGGCCAGCACAUGCGGGUGCACAAGAACUGGCCGAAGCACCGCCGGAUCUCGAACGCAGUAUGA